AUGACAUCAUUGCUAAAGCUUGUACCUCCAAGUCAGGACCCUUUUUAUUCCCCGCCUGUUGGUUUUGAAGAGGCUAAACCAGGAACCAUUCUUCAAAGUCGUCCGACACCGCAAAAAAUAGUCAAUUUGUUUUUCACCUUUGAAGUAGCUAACUCGUGGCAGAUCAUGUAUAGAUCUACAGAUUCGUUUGGUAAUGCGACUGCAAUAGUGAUGACAGUAAUGCAGCCCCAUAAUGCAGACCCCAACAAGGUUUUGUCAUAUCAGACUGCUGAGGAUUCGGCGCAUAUAGACUGUAGUCCAAGCUAUAGUUUUCAAUUUGGUGCACCACAAGGAACGAUGAUGACUCAAUUGGAUUUGAGGUUUAUGGUUCCGGCAUUAGCGCAGGGUAUUUAUGUGAUUAGUGCUGACUAUGAAGGAAGCAAGCUGGCGUUUGGCGCAGGUUUACAAAUGGGGCAUGCGGUGUUGGAUGGUGUACGAUCAGUUUUACAAUCAAAAGAUGUUACCGGUAUAAACAAAGAUGCCAAGGUGGCACUCUGGGGUUAUUCGGGUGGUGGAUUAGCAACUGGGUGGGCAGUGAGUCUACAGCCUGUAUAUGCACCUGAAUUAAAGAGCACACUUGUUGGAUGUGCAUUUGGUGGGUUGGUUGUGAACAUUACAGCUACUGCAGAGUUGACGGAUGGCACGCUUUUCGCUGGAUUGAUCCCACUAGCAUUAACUGGUUUAGGUAAGGAAUACAUAGAGUUUCAGAAACGUAUCCAAGCAAACAUCGAUUUUGAUCACCACAACAAUUUCGAAGUUGGUCUUAGAGACUGUUUAGUACCUGGUUUACUCGAGUUUCGAUGGAAGCAGUUUUUUUCAGGCGGCAAUAGAACUUUUACAAAAGGUUUUGCCUUGUUGGAAGACCCCAUUAUAAACAAAACCAUCCAAGACAAUUGUUUGAUCAACUUGAAUAAGACCAAUAUGCCCGAGAUUCCCAUAUUCAUGUACCAUUCCAAAUUUGACCAAGUUGCACCUUUUAAUGGCGCAUUGGCAUUAUACAACAAAUGGUGUCUGUGGGGGAUUGGGUCGUUUGAGUUUGCACUGGACAUCUUCAACGAGCAUUUAUCGGAACAAGCGUUGGGGGCAGCAGCGGCAUGGACGUGGAUACAAGCAAGACUCAACAAUGAUGAUCAUCUACCACCACUACCACCACCACCAGUGCAGGGCUGUGUACGAAAAUUGCAUUUUAACAAUAUAAUGUAUCCCAAUAUUAGUUCCAGCUUAAAGGAUUAUUUUUUGGGCUUUGACUAUACUGUUUUGGACACACUUACAGGGAAGACGAAAUGGAGCAUAUAG